UCUCUGUCCCCUUGCAGGUCUGCUGUUUGCGUCUCUUCCCUGAGCUGUCUGCUGGGGGCAUGGCACUGCCCACAAAUCCUACCAUCUUUGACCUCGGCCUGGGCACAUGGAGCCUGAAAUCCCAGGAAACCCCUGAGACUGCAGCAUGCUUCCAGAGUAGCCAGAAGCUGCCUGAGUACAAGGCAGUGGUUGUGGGUGCAAGUGGUGUGGGCAAGAGUGCCCUGACCAUCCAACUGAAUGACCAAUGCUUUGUGGAGGACCACGACCCCACAAUCCAGGAUUCCUACUGGAAGGAAAUGGCCUUGGACAGUGGGGGCUGUGUCCUCAAUGUGCUGGACACCUCAGGGCAGACAGUUCAUAAGUCCCUUCGUGACCAGUGUGUGGCUGCCAGUGAUGGUGUGUUAGGGGUCUUUGCGCUCAAUGACCCCUCCUCUCUAGCCCAGCUUCAGCAAAUUCGGGACACGUGGGGUCCUCACCACACCCAGCCCCUCGUCCUGGUGGGCAACAAAUCUGACCUUGUGACCACCGCCAGAGAUGUUCAUGUUGCUGCCCUCGCCCUCGCUCAGAGCUGGGGGAGCCCCUAUGUGGAGACGUCAGCCAAGACACGUCAAGGUAUCGAGGAGGCCUUUUUUCUUCUUGUCCAUGAGAUCCAGAAGGCCAAGGAAGCCAGAGCAAAGGAGGCCAUAAAAGGAAAUCACUGGAAGGGCAUGUGCCACUGUGGCUGCUCAGUGUCUUGA